UCACUCACAGACAGCAGAGAAAGACAGCUCUUUCAGACACUACAUACUUUACAAGCAACUGUCAAAACCUUUGGAAAUACCAACCGGCCAGCAGGAAAAGAUCUCAACAUGUGCAGAGCACUCGAAUCACUGCCUAUCACUUGCCUGGAGAGGGCAAAGGAGCUGAAGGCUUUGUUCGGAAGUUUACUUCAAAAGUCAGAUCACAGCAUAACAAGCCAGUCAAAGAAACAUGACAAACUGAGGUUUAAUAUCGAGGAGCCUCUGAAAUGGAAAGAGUCGUUUGAGAAACUGUUGUCCAGUCAAAAUGGACUGUGCCUGUUCAGAGCAUUCCUGGUGUCCGAGUUCAGCGAGGAAAACAUUGCCUUCUACCUGGCUUGCGAGGACUACCGGGAGACGAAACCGUCAAAGCAGGCCGCCAAAGCCAAGAAAAUUUACGACGAGUUCAUCGGCUCUGAUGCACCACGAGAGGUAAAUCUUGACCAUGUGACCAAAGCCAUCACAAAGGAGAACAUGGAGCAUCUCAACAACUCCUGUUUCAGUCUGGCCCAAGCCAAAAUCUACACCCUGAUGGAGAAAGACUGCUACCCUCGCUUCCUCAAGUCCUCCACAUACCUGGAGCUCAGCAGAAAGGCCAAGACAGGCUAAGAAACUUUACUUUGAAAAAGAAAAAAGAAAAAAAAAAAAAGUCUGCGAGCAGCAGACGUAAAGAGACAUAAGCUUACUGACGCACAGCGGAGACUGGAAAGGUUCACACGGAACAAAAUACCUCAGUCCAAGGAGUCUCGCGCCAGCUUGUGGAGUUAUUUUGGGGACCGAAGGUUGAGUACAGAUCGGUGUCAGAGCUGGAAGCUGAAGGACAUGCAAAGCUGUGAGAAGACACAGACUGAGCUGCGGGUGAUGUCUGCCUCUGAGAAGAGACACCAGUACUGUACAUACAGGGCUGUAUGAACAGCAGCCACAGUGGCAUAAAUUAUAAAACGCAGGCAGAAAUGCUUUCACACAACAAAUCUACCACUGGGAGAGACCCAGCAUUAAUGAUUAUUUAUUUCUUAUUUAUUUAAAGUAUUUUUAUGAUGUGGUGAAGACUGAUCUGUAUUUCAUGUGUGUGUUUUUAUCUGACGUACUGUAUGUAAAAAAUAAAAGCAAUGUAUAAAUAAAAGAUGACCAAU